UCGGCAGGAAGUGCGUUUGGUGCCUGAAGCUAGCUGGAACAUGAAGAGGAGAACCUGCUUUAUACUGAACUACCGGGAAAACAAACUAAGCUUUUGACGAACAAACAUCAGGACAUGGAGGGUGACAGAAGAGGACGACCAUGGGGGAAGCUAGUCAAAGUGGACUCCAGUGAAACUAUCCUCCUUUUCAGCAAGGAAUGCACAGUUGGCAGGAAAAAAGGAUGCUAUCUGUCCUUUCCAGCCAGUAAACUUGUCUCAGGGGAGCACUGCAAGAUUGUGAAAGAUGAAAGCUCAGGACAGGUGUGGCUUGAAGACAUGAGCACUAACGGCACGGUGAUCAACGUGUCCAAACUGGUCAAGAAGCAAACUCACAUGCUGCAGAGUGGUGAUGUCAUCUACUUUGUGUACAGGAAAAGCGAGCCCGAACAAAACAUUGCCUAUGUUUACCACUCAAUCACGACAGAGCAAGCUGCUUCACCACACAGCUAUGACGCUGAGAGAUCAGCCCACAGUCCCUCUCCUGUUCCAGCCUCAGAGAUGUCUCUUUCAGUUGAGCCUGUAAUGCUCGCAAAGCCGCCUCGAGAUCCAACUCAGGAGGAACCUCAGCCAUCCACCUCCGCUUCACACUUCUGUAUUGAGAGCCCUUCCUCUUCUGGUCCCAUGGCAACCACAGCCUCUCCUGCCCGUGGCCACACUACAGAUGCACCCCCUGCAGAGGAAAAAGACACAGACAACCUGGAGCCAGAAAGCAAGAGGAGGAAAACUAAUGAUGAUAAAGAUUAUGAUUUGGGCUUGCCACACACCUCCAGAACAGAAGUGGUCGGUUCAACUAAGGGAAGUCUUGGAAAUCUUUUGUCUAAACCACCAGUGGAAGGAGCCAAGACUGACAAAAUGGAGGAAAGUCUGACAUGUGUUAUUUGCCAGGACCUGCUGCAUGACUGUGUCAGCUUGCAGCCUUGCAUGCAUGUCUUCUGCGCCGCCUGCUACUCGGGCUGGAUGGAGCGUUCUUCUCUCUGUCCCACCUGCCGCUGCCCAGUGGAGAGGAUUCGUAAGAACCACAUCCUCAACAACCUGGUGGAGGCAUACCUCAUCCAGCACCCAGAAAAGUGUCGCAGUGAGGAGGACCUGAAGAGCAUGGACAGCCGUAACAAGAUAACUCAGGACAUGUUGCAGCCAAAAGUUGAGCGGUCUUUCUCUGAUGAGGAGGGCAGUUCAGAUUACCUCUUUGAGCUCUCUGACAAUGACAGUGACUCCUCAGACAUCAGUCAGCCUCUGGUGAUGUGCAGACAGUGUCCUGGCUACAGGGCUGAUUUCAGCCUGUUUCCUGGAAAUUCCAACUUCUGGUUCCCUGGUCUGCAAACUCUACCACCUGUACCUCCACCACCCAAACCAGCAACUGAGGAGGAGGCUGCACAGCCUACAGGGGAGCAGCCCUCAACAUCCUCUGAUGUCCAUUCAGCUCUUCAUGACUACCGCUGCCCCCCUCAGGGCUGCCAUCUCAUUUGCACCUGCUGCCUCCAGCCGAUGCCAGACAGACGGGCCGAACUAAACAACCAGCAGGUUCUUGCUCAACAAUGUGUGCUGUGCCAGCGACCUUUCUGUCAUAUGUACUGGGGCUGCCCGAGGAUGGGCUGUCAAGGCUGUCUGGUUCGAUUCAGUGAGCUCAAUCUAACUGACAAAUGUCUGGAUGGUGUGCUGAACAACAAUAACUAUGAAUCAGAAGUCCUCCAAAACUACCUGUCCUCCAAGGGAAAGUCGUGGAAAGAUCUGCUGAAAGAGUCUCUUCAGGGCUUACAGCAAGGAAGCUACGUUUUGAUAGAUCGUCGUAUCUCUGCAAACACUGUCCUGUGCUUCUGCUGCGGUCUGGGGGCAUUCAAGGAGCUGGCCUACAAGUACAGACAGAACAUCCCUCCAUCCGAACUGCCAGCUGGUGUAACAUCUCGCCCCGACUGUUACUGGGGGCGCAACUGUCGUACGCAGGUGAAGGCACAUCAUGCAAUGAAAUUUAACCACAUAUGUGAGCAGACGCGUUUCAAGAGCUGAAGGAGCAGAGUGGUUUGUUUCUUCUGCUAAAUGUGUCAAAUGUAGAUAGCUGAACAUCUCAUGAGUUAGGGAUACGGGCUCUUGUUAAGUUUUGUUGUGUACAUUGUAACUAACUGCCUUAUGCAAUAACCUAAUGCAGAAAUUACAAUCAGUGUCCAUUUACAAUAGUUGCCAGGGUUUUCACAGGGCUGUGUGACAUAAUGCUAUGCACAUUAAGAUUAAAGUUUCAAGCUGCUCUUUACACUCAAGACCUGCAUGGGUAAUUCACACCAUCCACUGCUUAAAAAUGUCUGUCGUUGAUGCAUUUAUCUUGCUUAAUCAACCAUCUUUUUUAUAGAUCGAUUCAUUUGUUUGUAUGGGGAAAUAGUUACAGGUGCUUCCUGAUCUGUCUGUCCUCCAGCCUGUGGAACGAAAAUAGUAGUUUUCUUCUCAGAUUAAGAGCGAGAAAGGCAAUCUGUAUGGAUUAAGGCCAUAUAUGUGUGCUUACAAAUGCUGGUGAGCAUGCUUUUUGUCAUGUCCUUCUCAAGCCUUGCUAAUUGAGGCUUAAAAGAACUUUUACUUUCUGAGCUAUUGAUGUACUUUACCAGUCUGCUGAGUUUAGAAUCAGGGUUUCUGAUCUAGUCAAUGUCAUGAGAGUCACAGUAAAAUGAUCACUCGUAUUACAAAGUAGUAAUCCAAACUGCACUUAGCAAUACAUGUAAAAGUAAACGUCUCGCCUCCGAGAGACUUUUCGUGUUUGGCCUGGGCAUUACUGCAUUCCCAGGCGAGGGCAAAAACCCACGUCAAAGCCCCUCAUGCACGUACUAGGGUAGAUUUGUAAUCCUAUGUGAUAUUUGUGUAGGAUUUUAUGUCUGUGGGAAGGGAAUCAUUGUGCUGUAACGCUGUCAGGGGGCAUGGGGGCCUCUGUUGUAUGCUUGGCUCUGGAUAAUCAUCUCCAAGGUGAUUAAAGUAGUGUAGAAGGGACACUUUCGCAGACCCUCGUAGUAAGGGCUAAUCUGUGAUGAAAUGCAUGGUUAACUCCAUGUAGACUCUGCGGAGGAAAAGCAGACUGCAGUCAAAGCAGCCAGUAAUAUUAGUGACAAUUGCCCAUGGAGAAGAGUUUUGAAAUGCUGCUUUUUUACAGCAUACACUUACAACUGAGAGAACUGUGCCAAUACAAACACAACAGUAUGUUCUGUUGUCAAGUUGUCAUUUGUUUUCCAGUUAUAUAUAUAUAUAUAUAGCUUACUUUAGUUGGAUUUUCUGCAGUUCCUCAGGUACACAAAGCUACUGUUUUGUUGUUUUAACUGCAGUUUAACCACACUUGGUGGUUUGUGUCAAAAUGUAAAAAGCUGUCACUGAGCAGCAAUUUAGAAUCCGAUGACCUCUCAUUUACGACUAUUUCACCCAAGUGUCAAAGUUCAUAUCAUGAAACAUGCACAGCAAAUAUUGAUGUCUGCUGUAAAAAUCUGACAAAUCAAAUCUGUUUUUUUUUCUUUUGCCUUAUUUAGCUUAGUCAAAUUAAAACAUCCACAUGCUACUUUCAAAAGGCCUUGUAUACUGAAAUAUGGGGAUGAAGUAGCAAUUUUAAUGUUUGCCCCCCCUUUUUUUAAUAGGAUCACUGUUAUAGAUGUGUAGAAAAUGCUGGUGGAUGUGAAGAAUGGAAAAAUAGAAAAUGUUAAAAUCAGACCUUAGCUGGCGUCCAGUGCACUUAGUGUGAUUUCACACAUAAACACUGGUCUUAUUUUUCAUUGUUUUAAUAGUAUUUCAGUUGAUUUAGAAGAAAACUUACUGAAGAUGUCUAAAAAUGUUAGAUGUUUAUAUUGUAAAUCUAUGAGGAUAUUUGCACAUAUUUGUCUCUCACAUUUAAAGGCUUCUUUUUCAAUCUUUAUGAUUAUGAUAUCAAACACCCCGGUGAAGCUGUCUGUAUCCAGGGAUGUCAAUAUUCUGACUCAGAAUAUUUGAUUUGUAAUCAUAUGAAGAGUUUCAUUCCAAAAGGAGAUGUAAAUGAUCAGAAAGAAAACUGUAAUAGGGGAAAAAGGUUUUCUGUGAUAUUUUGAGAAAAUUAUGUCCAGUUUUGAUACACAGUUAAUUACAUGGAUGACAUUUGCCAUGGUGAAUGUUGUUUUGGAAUGUAGCUCAUCAUGUUUUCAUAGGUGGAAAAACGGGGUUGUGAAUGGGCACUUUCCUGGCCUCUGCCUGAGCUCCUUAGUUAAUUUGUGGUGUUAGCAAGGUGGUUUAGGUGUUUCUUGUACUUUCAUUAAUUUUUUUUUAUUUUACCCUCUCAUUCAUGUUGAGUCCACGGUGGCAUUCCUUAGCAGCUCAGGCCCUCAGCACAAGCCUGGUCGAUCCCCCGACAGAGUGGCUGAGUUUUAAUUAUUCCCUACAGGAGAUCUGGGCACCCUAAGCCAACAACAGUCCCAAGCCGCUCCAAUCAGCAAUUGGUAUUAGAGGCUUUGGAGGAAUGCUUUGCAUUCUCCUUGCGGUUGUGUGUGUGUUUGGGAAUGGGGGGGUGGUUUAUGUUGUAUACUAAGGCAAAUAUUUACUCACUUUGUGUGCAAAAGUCUGGACCAAGCUGCUCAGCAGUAUGGAAGAGGCAGGUUUCAUUCUACCUCAUCACAGCUCUCAGAAUUAUGGGACUGAAUGGGCAUCAGUCACAUUCACAUCAGUUACAAAGUUGGGCAUGCAUCUCUCAGUAUGAGGGGUGGACGUCCUCACUGAUGCCUGUAAACUCUGUAUGCAAUGCACUAUUUUAACAAUUAGUCUAGACUAUAAUCAACUUCUAGGUAAAUCACCAUAGAGUAGCACUAUAGAGUUGUCGGAAUUUGAAUUUGAGAAAUAUGUUUGAGUUUGAUGAAUAUCUCUUUACCCUGUAUGUUGUAUUAGCACUGCUAAAAUUGUCUUUGAGAUGCAUAUGUUUUGCCUGUUUCUUAAUGAAUUAAAAGACUGAUAUAGCCAUAAUUAAAAA